GGGUCGUCCCUGUCACAUGACCGUUUGACUUCCUGUUUACAGAGACAGCCGUAAACAUAAACUUGACACUAACUAUAAGGUGACAGCAUUAAAGAUACAGCCUGCUCCGUCAGCAGCCUUAUGCCUGCCCAGGUUUAAGAAUCAACGAUGGGACGUUUCCCUCUCCUCUCCCUCGGGGGCUUUCUACUUAUGUACCCAGCUCUCCUCGUCGCGGCGCCGGCGGAAGACGUUCGCCUGUUCGUCAGAGACGCUACCCGCAACGGUCAUCUUCAGCUGCCAGGGAGGUUUUGGCACAUCACAGACCUCCAUCUAGACGCCAGCUACCACCUGGCCGAUGACCCCACCAAGGUCUGCCUGUCAUCCAAAGGGGCGCCCGCCGCCAACGCAGGCCCUUAUGGGGACUUCCUGUGCGACUCUCCCUACAGCCUCAUCCAGUCAGCCUUCAAUCACAUGAACCAUAUGACCCCGCAGGCAGAUUUCAUCAUAUGGACUGGGGACAGUCCGCCCCACGUCCCGGCUUUUGAGCUGUCCACUGACCUGGUGAUCCAGGCGAUCGGGAACAUGUCUGAGACCAUCAGAGACCACUUCCCCACACUACCUGUCUUCCCUGCCUUGGGUAACCAUGACUACUGGCCUCAGGACCAGAUGCCCGGUUCUGCUAACGCCAUCUACCAGGCUGUUGCCAAGCUCUGGGCCCCCUGGCUCCAAGACGAGGCACUCCGUACGCUCGGUGAAGGGGGUUUCUACUCCCAGCUGGCCCGGCCCGGUCUGCGUGUGAUCUGUCUCAACACCAUCCUGUACUACGGUCCAGACAAAGCCACAGCCAACGAUACAGACCCCGCGGGCCAGUUCCUGUGGCUACAGGGCACUCUGGAGAGAGCUGCCCAGAACCUGGAGAAGGUGUUCAUCAUAGCACAUGUGCCGGUCGGAUACCUGCCGUUUACCAGAGACGUCACCGCUAUACGAAAGCGCCACAACGAGAGGCUGGUGUACAUCUUUCGAAAGUACAGCCAUGUGAUCACAGGCCACUUCUAUGGCCACACCCACCGAGACAGCGUCAUGGUGCUGCUGGAUGAAGAAGGAAAACCAGUGAACUCUAUCUUUGUUUCGCCGGCGGUUACACCGAUCAAGAGUGUGUCGGAGCCUUACUCCAACAACCCAGCAUUCCGCAUGGCUUUCUACGACGCCAAAGACUUCUCGCUGUUGGACAUCUGGCAGUACUAUCUGAACCUGACCGAGGCCAACGAGAUACGGCGGGCCGACUGGAGGCGGGAGUACGUGAUGAGCGAGGCCUUUGGGCUGGAGGACCUGCGGCCCCAGAGUCUGCUGCAGCUGGCUCUGAGCUUCAGGCUGCCGCAGGCCACCAGCUUUGACAAGUAUUUCAGCCACUUCAUGGUGAGCUACGACGAGAGAAUCCGCUGCAGGGAUGCCUGCAAGCUCAAUCAGGUGUGUGCCAUGCUGCACUUAGACGACCGGGGGUACUCCAAGUGUGUGCGGGGCAGGAGCCUCCAGGACUCCAAUGUGUUGCUGUGAUUUUCAAAGACGAAAAAUUCAAAAUGAAAGCCUUUUACUCUGGUUUUCAUUAAAUUAAAAUCUGAAAUCGGGGUGAUUUGUGGAAUGUCGUUGUAUUCUGCCUGUUUAUCUUUAUUGUGUGAUUCUGUUUUUAUGAAUAAUCAAGGACCAAAUAAAUAUGGAGCAGUGGAAAGCCCCCGAACUGUCUUUGUCGGGAUACGAGUGAUUGAUUGGAUGUGACGAUACUAAUGUGAUCAUUUGAACACAGCCUAAG